AUGGAUCAUGCGGAGGCACUGCUGGUUUCACUUGCACCGGCUCGACCUUUGGAAUCUGCUGUUCAGCAUAUGGGUACUGCGGUGACACAACGACUCAUUGCGGAACGAGCUUUGGUUGUCAGGAGGCAUUCGGGGUGUGUGCGCCUACGACAACAACCCCCAAUGGCACCUGUGGUGGUACUACUGGAUAUACCUGCGCUGAGAAUGGACGCUUCGGGUCCUGCUGUUCAUCAAGUGGAUUCUGUGGAGACACAGUCGGCCAUUGUGCUCAAGGCUGCCAGCCUAAAGCAGGAACCUGCACUACAGGGACGGUUCCUUCCAACACUGGAGAGUGUGGUGUUGCAAAUGGAAACUACACUUGCAGUGGAGGACCUAAGGAUGGACAGUGCUGUUCUUCAAGCGGAUACUGUGGCACUGGAGUAG